AUGGGCAGCUCCGCACUAACGUUUUGGAUUAAUAUAGAUAUGAACAAUAUGAAAUUGAAGCCAGAAUACGCCGAAAUGAUCGCUGCCAUAGGAUUUGGAGUUUUGUCCGCGAUAUUUGUUAGUGCUUUCGUUAUCCUAAUUGUUAUUUGCAGAAGACAGAAAUUGUAUUACAAAUCGAAUCUGAUCGAUGAGUCUACUAGACCGGAAAAGCAUCUCAUUGGGCCGGACGUGUCGGAAUGGGAGUUGGGGGAAGUAAGCGUCAAUUUUCCAAACAUACUGACAGACGAGCAGUGGAUAGAUGACGCAACAGGGCUCAUUCCUCAUUGUCUGGCUAUUUUGAAAACCUGCAGGUACCUUACAGAGAGGCUGACGACUUUGGCCAUGAGCUCCACCCCUGUAUCCGGAGAUUUCAAGCAGAUUGUCGAAUGCGCAAAGAGGAUUUCGAGCAGAGUAGACGAUAUGGUAAGGAGCAUGUAUCCUCCGUUAGACCCGAGGCUUUUGGAAGCCCGCGCGGCGGCUCUAACUCUGGCAGUCACUCAUCUGGCUCUGCUCGUAAAAUACGAAUGUGGGUAUAAAGAGAGGGGAAUACUCUGGAUAAAUAAAUCUCUGGAUGACAUGGACAAGCACAUGGGCUUUUUGAUGGAAGCCUCAAUGCACCAAGAAACAAUCAACAAAUUAUCGAAAGCACUAAAUCUCAAUACUCAUUUGUAA